UUCUCCCUGAAGGCGAGAUGCCACCCAGUGGAAGCCAGUACCAAGCAACUGUAGCGGACCGGAUGAGUUUCCUUACAAGUCAAGACAGUAGUGACUACCAGUCCCUGGAGGCGGGCGGGGAGCUCGGGGGAGGCUCGGAUGCUAAACGUAGGAAAGGCAGCGGCGUCGAGGGCAAGAGUAUUGAGGAGGAGCUGUGUCGUAUCUGCGGUGACAGGGCUUCAGGCUAUCACUAUAACGCCCUCAGCUGUGAGGGCUGCAAAGGAUUUUUUAGACGCAGCAUCACAAAAACUGCAGCCUAUGUGUGCAAGUAUGGUGGAAAUUGUGAGAUGGAUAUGUGGAUGCGUCGCAAGUGUCAGGCUUGCCGGUUGCGGAGAUGCCGCGAGGUUGGCAUGAAAGAAGAAUGCUUACUGUCAGAUGAUCAAUGUAAGGCUAGAGAUGCCAGACGCAAGGCCAAGCAGAAGUAUGUCCCCAAGAAAGAAGUACACAGCCCUGACAGCUAUGAGCACAGCUCAGAUGCAGAAUCCAAUCCCUUCCUGUCCUUUUCUUCCUCUGUAUCCACCUCAACUGGGAUUGGAUCCCCAUGCUCUCUGUCGGAGGACUUCCUUGACCCAUUGAGGAAGCUGACCACAGAACAGAAGGAGCUGGUGGAGACAUUGGUUUCCUUACAAGAAAAAUAUGAGUUUGCUGAUCAGCAGAGCUAUGAGGAGACUUUGAAAGAUUUUGAUGCUCGGAAGCAUGAUUCCCUGGACCCUCAGACAUUUCUGACAUCCAUGGCCUCAACCUUUGUCCUCAUUACACAGCUGAUUGUGGAGUUUGCUAAAGGCAUGCCAGGUUUCCUCACUUUAUCCAAAAAUGACCAGAUUACUUUACUCAAGUCAUCAUCCACUGAAGUCAUGUCUAUACGGGCAGCUAGAUGUUACGAUAUAGAAUCCAGAUCCAUUGUGUUUGGUAAUGGACAACCAUGCACUGUUGAUAACAUGAAAGCCGCAGGGCAGGGCCGAUACUGUGAGCUUUUGUAUGAGUUCUGCCACAACAUGGCUUCCUAUAAGACAGACAAUGCAGAGUAUGCCAUGUUUACAGCAAUUUGCAUUUUCUCAGAGCGCCCUGGCCUACAGGCUAAAGAUGAGGUGGAGAGGAUUCAAAGUAAAUAUGUGGAGGUGCUGCAGGCAUAUGAGUAUGCAAAACGAGGUCGUGGAGGAAGUGCCUUGGCUCGUCUCUUGUCACGGCUAACAGACUUACGGACCAUCAGCGUGGAACAUUCUAAAGUUCUCGUCGAACUUGACUUAAAUAAGAAUGGACCUGAUGUUCCGGCCAUCAUAAGGGAUAUCCUUCUGCUUCCCCCUGAGGGAAACUAG